CCUUUUCUAUUUUCGCCAUCACUCUCACAGAGCAAGGGUUUCUCUUCCUUUUCUCCACUCUCUCGCUUUUUAAGCUUUUCGUUUUCUCAUCAAUGGCGGACCAGGAAGUUCAGAACGGCGGAGCUGUCAAGGCCGCCACUGUGGCUUUUGACCUCGUCUCUGUGCUCGAAGUCGAGGCUCCUAAGGCGGAGGAGGCUGUUCAGUUCUACAAGGAGGUCUUCGGGGCUGUGGAGGUCGAGCGCGGCGCGAAUCCCAAGCGUAAGGCGGACCAGGAGCAACCUCUCAUCCAUGUGCUGCUCAAGUUUGGCUCCGGCAAGGUCUUGGUCGUCGAUCGCCUUGAGGAGGAGUUGAAGACUAAGAAGAACAGUGCCUUUCAAUUGGUCUCUGAGGAUGAUGUUGAGGCUGUGAUCAAGAAGGUUGUGGCUGCUGGAGGGACUACUGAGAGUGGUGUGACUGAGGACCAGGCUUGCUUCCCUGGGAAGCACAUCUCCGGCAAAGUCACGGAUUCGUUCGGAGUUUCCUGGACAAUUGUUGGCAAGAAGAGCACUACUGAGAAUGGAGCAAACAGCCCUGCUGCCGAGACUGUGGCGAACAACACCACCGUUGCUUAGGUCUAGGCUUCUCGGCUAUGAUGAUCCGGUUUUAAUCUAAUGUCUAAUCUAGUAGUAGUAGGGUGAAUCAGCUAGGCUUAUUCUGGGUUGUGUCUUGCCGUUGGUGCUUAAUCCGUGCGUUUAUUUUGAGGAUAUGAACUAGUUUUUGCUAUGAUAUUGUGGCAUUGAACUCAGUUUCUAUG